AUGCCUUACAUCCAGGAAAGUGAGCACUGCGAAACUGACCAAGACCUUGAGGCCCAAGGAAAGGCACAAGGCAUGGUGGGUUCACAAGUUCCUGCAGUUGAAAAGGUGAAAGCCACAGCCUGCUCCUCUGCUCUAAUCCCAGGCACCUUGGAGAAUGUGUCUGCUCCUGCAACACCAGAUACCUGCAAGACUACCACUCCUGUCAAAGCCACUCCAUGCAACCAAUCUGAAGAGGGUUCUAGCAGCCAGGGAAAGAAGGAACCAGGUGCCUCACAGUUCCUGCAAGAUCCUGAUUCCUUACUCAAUAAUAUGCUAGAGAAGAAUGUGUCUGAGUUGGUGAAGUUCCUGAGCGUUAAGUACACAAAAAAGGAAUCCCUCACAAAGGCAGAAAUGCUGAAGAGUGUCAUCAAAGAGCACAGGGACCACUUCCCUUGGAUCUUCAUGAAAGCCUGUGAAUGCAUGGAGGUGGUCUUCGGCAUUGACGUGAAGGAAGUAGACCCCAUCAGCCACUCCUAUGUCCUCGGCAAAACUCUAGAUCUCACCUAUGAUGGAAGGUUGAGUGAUGACCAGGGCAUUCCCAAAACUGGCCUCCUGAUUCUUAUUCUGGGCAUGAUCUUCAUGGAAGGCAACCGUGCUCCUGAGGAGAAGAUAUGGGAAGUGCUGAAUAUGAUUGAAGUGUAUGCUGAAAAGAAAGAUUUCCUCUAUGGGGAGCCUAGGAAGUUUAUCACCAGAGAUUUGGUGCAGGAAAAAUACCUGGAGUACCAGCAAGUGCCCAACAGUGAUCCUCCAAGCUACGAGUUCCUGUGGGGCCCAAGGGCUCACGCUGAAACCAGCAAGAAAAAAGUCCUGGAGUUUUUCUGCAAGGUCAUUGGAAGUGAUCCCACUUCCUUCCCUUCCUUGUAUGAGGAAGUUUUGAGAGAUGAAGAAGAAAGAGCGCAGGCUAAACUUGCCAGCAGUGCCAAGUCCGACAGCUUCUGCCCUGAGUAA